CUGAAUUUGUAUCUUGUACUGCUGAGAGCAGAUCCAGUAUUUGCAAAUUACUGCAAAACCAGUCCGUUUUGCUGGAUAGUUUUCGAUGGCUGAUAGAUAGUUAUGUUUCGGUUUCUACAGCACCAGAGUUAUCUCCUUACCAAAUAUCAACUUUUUAUCACAUCUGUAAUUGGUCAAUCUAAUUCAAGCACUUUAAAAGGCUGCUGUCACUUUAAACUUGAUUAUUCGGAUGACUCUUAUUUUCCCGGUAAAAAGAGAGUGAACAGCAAACUUUGGCAACAACAAUUUCCCUGCAACUUAUGUGCAAGUACCCCAUCUAAUAAACAAACCAAACAUGACCCCCUUUGAUUUUAUAGAUACAGAAAUGAUUUUUAUACUUCAAAUCACUGGAACAAGCUCCCUAAGUCUUUACAAGAUUAUUUUGAAGCUGUUGAGCCUCCUGACCUGGCAUGGAUGAUAUCCAAUAAAGAAGAACGUUCAUCAACUAAAAGAAUAAUUCCAUUGUCUCUUCUGGCACUUCAAGUCUGUAAAUACAUACUGUCUUUGACUAGGACUGGUGUUGAUGUGGAUUCUGUAGAAAUACAGUGUAGCAUUACAUCAGCACUGUUUGGAAACUCCUAUAUAUUAAAUCAGCAGAGAAUUAGGUGUGCACCUGACUCUGCCAUAUUGCCUGUAAAUGGCAAUAAAAAUGUUUCUUCAAAUAACAAGAACGGGCAGUGUAUGAAUAUGCAACAUAUUUUUAGGAAACAUGUCAAGCUUAAAAAGCAACAUGAAAUCAGCAAGCUUGGGCAAGUAAUAAAUCUUCUUAGCCAUGCCUGUGUAAGUAGAAAUGUUGUAGAUGUUGGAGCAGGCCUAGGUCAUUUAUCCCGACUCUUGACCUUCCAGUACAGCCUUAAAGUUACAACAAUUGAAGCUGUUGAUGAUCAUGCACCUAAAGCUAAAGCAUAUGACCGAGAACUGAAAGCAGAUGUAUCAAAGAUUGAAAUUAAGAGAAUUAAAGAAAGUUUAUCUAUAAGCAAACCAAUUCAUAAUCUUCGGCUUGAAGAAAAAAAUAGCAUGACAAAUAAAGAACCAACUGAAAGAGAAUUGAAAGAGUUCCCAAAUCAUGUCACAUGUCAAGUGAACCCUGAAAUAGAAGCAUCAAUGUUUUUAGAAGUUAUCAACCAAAGCUGGGGAGGUGGCAACAGUUUUGUUUUGGCUGGGCUACAUGCUUGUGGUGACUUGACCCCAACCAUCCUUCGUGUAUUUACUGAAUGCUCAUCAGCUAAAGGACUGGCUUCUGUUGCAUGCUGCUACAUGAAGUUAUCAUCUCACAGUAACAAUUUAAAAACUGAUGUUUUUCCUAUGAGCCAUUUUGUGAGAAAACUUGCCUACCAUCAGCUGAGUUAUGUUGCUCGAGAACUUGCUUGUCAUUUUUCAGAUGCAUAUCACAGAAGAUUGAAAGAAAACUCACCACAUCUGAAAAUCCAUUCCUACCGGGCAGCACUACAGUUUCUUUUGAAAACUAUAAGCCCUGAAUUUAAAAAUGGGGAAGCCAGAUUUGUCAGCAAAAAAGGUGCCCAGGGAAGCUUUACCCAGUAUGCCUUAGAAAACUUAAAAAAAAUUGGAAUAAAUAGUGACAGAGUACCUUCUGAGUUAAUGCAGCAUUGCAUGUCAUUAACAGAAGGUUGGAGAAGAGUUGUUGCAUUUUACAUACUGCGCUUAAGUUUGGCUCCUAUUGUUGAGUCUUUUAUUUUAUUGGAUAGAGUUAUGUUUUUACAAGAAAAAGGUAUAAACAGUGUAUUAGUCCCCAUUUUUGACUGUGCUGUUUCUCCAAGGAAUUUUGCAUUGUUAGCUAUAAAGAAUGAUUAAUCUUUUAUACUAAAAUAAAUUAUCUGUACACAUUU